CGCGCACUGGGACGGACGUGACACGUCGGCUUCUGGAGCCGGAUGUUCCAAGAUGGCGGCGGCGGUUGCUGAGGCGGCUUUCGCGGCGGAAAAGAGCGCCUCAAAGGCCGGCUGGCGGGGCUGAGGAGGCCGGAGGCGGAUCGGGACGAGGCUGGAGAGCCCUUGAAGGAACAGUGGUCCCGGUCUCUUGGGUGAGCAUCCAGCCUGGCCAGACGUGUGUGAUGCAGCCUCCGCCACAGACGGUGCCCCCGGGGGCCGGUGGGCCACCACCUCUCACAGCAGCACAGAACAUGUACUGGCGCAACAGUGGUCCCUUGGGUCGGCGGGCCAACGCUCCCACCACAGCGGCAGCCGGCCCCAUGCGGCCUGUGACGGACCCCUUUGCCUUUGGCGCCAUGCAGUCGCUUCGGGGCAACCCCCCGCUUGGCAACACGGCCAAAGGCGACCCGCCAGCUAUGCAAAGCUUCUCCCCGGUGGCGUUCCCUCCACCUCAUCUCCCCGCUGGAGACAAUUCCCAUGGGCUAAACCCGUCUUUGCCAGCUUCCGUCUCUCAGUCUGGAGCCCAUGGUACGUUUUCAAGCCAGCCGACCUCCUCGUUGUAUUCGGAGCGUGUUACUAGCAGUGCUGACAUGCACCCCAGUGUUGAGCGUGGUGCACGGAACCCUAUGGAUCCCGUGGGUUUCCCUUUAGAGAAUUCUUUGCGUGGACAACAUGUUUCCCUGCCGCCCAGCGGUCAAGAAAUGAGUAGGAACCCAAACAUCCCAACUUCAGUACCAUCAUCCACGUCUUUCUUACCCUCUGCUCAGCAAACAGUGCCUCAGUGGAUGGCUCCCCAAAGUAACUUUCAACCGCAAAGUGGUCCUCCUUACUCUGUCUACCCAGAACCGCCUUCCCAGAAUGCUUUUUAUGCUGUGACUCAGUCUCCUCUUGGGGUCUCCCAGCCCCACCAGAGCACCCCACAGCAAGCUCCUGCUGUUCAAAACACGGUCCAAGCCCCAUUGAUGUUUGGCGAUGCUCCGAGUGCGAAUGCUCCCCACAACUCCGCCUGGCAGAACGCCGGAGGAGCCAGCCCGUGGUCGGCGCAGAUUCCUCAAGAACACUUUUACCUGCAGCCUCUCAACACUGCCAGCACCCCACCUGUCCAUCAGGCCACUCAGGAAAACGGCCGGCCGGCCCAAGCUCAAGCCGCAGCGGAAGGAGUGACCAAGAGGGAUCCGGGGACGGUUUCCAUGUUUUUCAAAGGCGACGAGGCAGAGAACGAGGAGAUAUUAUCACUGGAAAAGAACAACGAGGCUGGCAAAGCGGAUGUCGACGCUUUCCAGCAGACCAUGGGGCACACCUAUUACCAGCCGCUUCAUCCUGUUCACCAGGUCCCGAUCCCUCCUUUUUCUAAUGCGGUUCUGCCGCCUGAGACGCUCCCAGAUGUCCAGAAUUCCUUCAAGACCUCCAACGAAGCCCCGGCCUUUGAAAACGCGGCAGACAAAGCUGAUCCUGUGGACGCCGUGGAAAACCAGGAGUGCAUUCAGAACCAAGAGGUUUUGCCCAGCGAGCCGCUGACCCAGAGCUGCGCGUCUCCAGGUGCGGAUCCGAACAGGUACGCCUCGCUCGUGGGACCGUCGCUUCCGAAGAACGCGGCGGCGAGCCACUUGGAAGGAGGGCCAAACCUCGAAGCUCCCGAUUUGUUACUCCGCCCCGGCCGUCCCGACAGCGUCUCUUCCAACUACAGCAACUUGAGCCACCGAAGCGUUUCCAACUCGUCGCGACCGCAAGAGCUGGGCACGUUCAUUCAACAAGAGAGCGGGAAGCCGGAAGAAGAGGCCUCUCGGGGUUUCUUUAAACAGAUGGACUCCUCACCUUUGGGAGGAGAGGCCAGCGAAGCCGGUCCCGGCAAAAAUUAUUACGGCGGCCUCUCUCUGGCCCCGACGCCGAGCCCUCCGAAACCCACUGGAGUGUUCCAGAUGAGCGCCAACAGUUCCUUUGAACCGGUCCGCUCCCAUGCAUCUGGUAUCAAACAUUUGGAGACCAGUCAAGCCAAGAUGCCCGCUGAACGGAAUAGUGCCAAAAAGAGCCCAGCCACACCUGUCGCCUCGCCAGGCAACCUCGAACAACCUCCCGAUAAUUUGGAAACGCUCUUCCUGCCCCAAACGCAUCCUUUGCCCCUGACCGUGACCGGAAACGUGGGUGAAUCCGCGCCAGAAAAACGACCCUCCUCAAACAGAGCUCCGGGCGGCGUGAAGAAGUGCGAGAGCCCCGCCACGACACUUUGGGCCCACAACGAACUGCCCAGCUUUGGGGGCAACGUGCUGCUCGCCCCGGCCGCUCCCGCGGUGUACGUCCCGGCCAAGCAGAGCGUGCAGGUGGUCCAGCCCCCCGAGGAAGGGGUGUCCGAACAGCAGCACAGCGAGCCGGGGUCCGUUGUCCUCCCGCCAUUGCAGCCCGGAAGCGUCUCUUCUGAAAAUUUGGAGAACCCGCCCAAAAUGGGCGAGGAGGAAGCCCUCCGCUCCCAGAUGAGCUCUGGUUACGCCAGCCUCCUUUCCUCGCCACCCACCGAGGCCCUGCAGAACCCGCCGGUCUUGCUCGCCCAGCCGAACCAAAGCUAUAGCUUGGCCCAGCCAGUGAACUUCUCUCUGAACCGGCACGAAAAUAACCACUUGGGGAAAGAUCCCGCCCUUGGCAGCAGGAACAGUGGUCAGCUUUCCGGGGAAAACAUCUCGUUCCCUGGAUCGUCUGUCCACCCGCCAACUGCUCCUCUGCCCCAUAACUUCUCACAACAUGCUUCCGAAACGACUGUGAAAACAUUGGCAAACGUACAGAUCCAGCCGGCUGCUCAAGGGCCUCUCAAUUUGGCUCCAGAAAAUCACAAGGCUCUUCCUACUUCGGAAGGAGGCCCGGCUCCGCAAUGUACUAAUGCUGGCUCCAUGGGUGCAGCUGGUCGGCCUGCCAACGGCGCAAGCAGUCAAGAGUUGUCUCAAGCGCUCGAUUUCACCGUCACCAAGGCUCUGGAACAAAAUCCUUCUAAUGCUCGGGGGGCACCGGAGGCUCAGGACCAGCAGCGUUUCUAUCAGCAGGUCACGAGAGACACGCACGGUGAAGCCGCUCCUUCACAGGUGUCUUUGGCAUCUCAGGCGGCGACGGCUCCGCAGCCUGUUCUGACCUUGAAUCCCCAGCCAACUCCUGGCAAUAACCCUGUACAAAUGCCGGCGAGCUACAGCCAAACAAUGGCGAAUAACAAGCCUUCGAAUGCCGCUCCUCCGGUGUCAUCAGCUGUUGAUUCCAGCCAACCAACACACACCCAGUCUCAACAAGAACCACAACAGACACCCCACAAUGCCUUUGCCAUGCCACCGAACCCUUACUACUACUACGGACACCCUUAUGACGCUUACCCGCCCUCCUACCAUCCGCCGUAUCCUCCCAUGGAUCCCCGGGUGGCUCACCUUUACUACCAGGAGGAUGCGUACGGUCGAUCCGACCCAUUGUCCUACCAGUACGACACCACUGCGGCUUAUGGGGAUGCCAGGGGCUAUCGCUAUACAGAACCUGAGCGGCCCAGUUCCAGAGCCAGCCAGACGUCCGAACGACCUACAUCAAGGCAGGGCUACCCCGAUGAUUAUUAUAACACCAAGGGCCGGUGGAGCGAUUACUACACAGACUAUUAUGGCUACGAUUACAGAGACCCAAGCCGCUCUGACCGCUACCCCUCAAGCUACGACCCCCGAUACCGAGAUCCCAGGGCAUACGACCACCGCUAUUGGUACGACCCAGAGCACAGCCCCUACCAAAAGAGAGAGACCUACCCGUACGGAAACAGUCAUGAUCGCUAUGAGGAUCAUUGGCGGUACGACCCUCGCUUUGCCGGGAGCUUCGACGAGGAUUUGGAGCCUCGGAGAGACCCCUACGGAGACGACUUUGACCGCCGCAGCGUCCAUAGUGAACACUCAGGCCACAGUCUGCACAGCUCGCACAGCAUCCACAGCCGCCACAGCAGUUUCAGCUCUCGGUCCCAACAGAGCCAGCUUUACAGAAGCAACCACGACUUGACGGCCGGCGCCUACGAGGCGGACCACCAGCCAGCCUCGCUGCACACGGAGUAUUCUUGCGGGGCGUAUCCUCCGUAUAUCAACCCUCCCUCUCUGGCGGACUAUAACCACUCGGCCCAAGCGGCUUGGCCAACGGUCGAACAAGUCCCUUCGAGGCCCCUGACGCCGGAGAAAUUCUCGGUGCCCCAUAUCUGCGCCCGGUUUGGCCCCGGAGGCUACCUCAUAAAGGCGCUGCCAAACCUGCCCUCCGAGGGACAACCCGCUUUGGUCGAGAUUCACAGCAUGGAGAUGAUGAUGCAGCAUUUGCCGGAGCAGGAGGAGAUGAGAGCAUUUCCUGGGCCACUCACCAAAGACGACACCCACAAAGUGGAUGUCAUUAAUUUUGCCCAGAACAAAGCCACUCGCUGCUCUCAGGAUGAAUUGCUGCUUGACAAGGAGUCGGCCUGCCUGCUCUGGGACUUUGUCGUCCUUCUCUGCCGGCAGAAUGGGACGGUGGUGGGCACCGACAUUGCCGAGCUCCUCCUCCGGGACCACAAGACGGUGUGGCUCCCGGGGAAGUCUCCCAACGAAGCCAACCUGAUUGACUUCACCAACGAGGCCCUGGACCACGCCGAGGAGGAGUCCGGGGAGGCCCAGCUCUCCUUCCUCACCGACAGCCUCAUCGCCACCAUCGACAGCCUGGAGAAGGAGACCGAGCGCUUCCGGGAGCUGCUGCUUUACGGACGCAAGAAGGAUGCUCUGGAGUCUGCCAUGAAGCACGGCCUCUGGGGACAUGCCUUGUUGCUGGCCAGCAAGAUGGACAGCCGGACACAUGCCCGGGUCAUGACCAGGUUCGCCAACAGCCUUCCGAUAAACGACCCGCUGCAGACGGUUUACCAGCUCAUGUCUGGCAGGAUGCCGGCGGCAUCAACGUGCUGCGGUGACGAGAAAUGGGGCGACUGGAGGCCCCACCUGGCCAUGGUCCUCUCCAACUUGACAAACAAUAUGGAUGUCGAGACGAGAACCAUCAUCACCAUGGGAGACACGCUUGUUUCAAAGGGGCUCUUGGAGGCGGCCCACUUUUGCUACCUGAUGGCACAGGUUGGAUUCGGGGUCUACACGAAGAAGACGACCAAGCUGGUGCUGAUCGGCUCAAAUCACAGCUUACCUUUCCGACGUUUUGCCACCAACGAAGCCAUCCAAAGGACCGAAGCCUACGAAUACGCACAGUCGCUCGGGACCCAGCCGUGCUGCUUGCCCAACUUCCAGGUCUUCAAGUUUAUCUACGCUUGCCGACUGGCCGAAUUGGGGCUGGCCGCCCAGGCGUUUCAUUACUGUGAAGUGAUUUCCAAAGCCAUCCUGAAGAGCCCCAGCUACUACUCCCCGGUUCUGAUCAGCCAGGUGAUCCAGAUGUCCUCGCGGCUGCGGCUCUUUGACCCUCAGAUGAAGGAGAAGCCGGAGCAGGAAUUGUUCCUUGAGCCCGAUUGGCUGGUGCAGCUUCGCAGCUUAGACGGGCAGAUUAAGGAAGGCUGCCUGCCUUACAGCGCUGGGAGAGCCACCCCCCAGCAGUAUGCCUGCAGUACGCCCAGCUCGGAAGUGGACCACGUCUCUCAAAACGAAGGCACGGGAGCCCCCCAGGAGGUGAAUCCCGGCCCCGAGAACCCCCUCCUCGCCUCCUUGCUCCCCAGUUCGAUACAACCCACGCCGGGGGUCCAGCUGAUGCCUUCAGCUCCUCAAGCCAUUCUGGAGAGCGCCGCUGCCACCGCCGUGGGCCAGCAAGAGGUGCCCAACGCCGCCGUUCCCUUCUACUCUGUGGCCCCUUCCAACGUGGGACCGGGGCCUGGCUUUAUGGGCUCCUACGCAAUGGAUCAGAGCUCCAUUUCCUCGGGGAUGAUGGGACCUCCAGCCAGCCUUCCUCCUCAACCCCAUGAGCUCCAGCCGCAGGAGCCGCUCCGCCAGGAAACAGCCCUGCAGGCAGCCCCCCGGGAGUCUCCCAGUUGGAAACCGGCCCCAGAACCCCGGGAAGACGACUUUUAUGGCAAGAUGGCAAGCAUGGGCCCGGGCCGACGAUCCAGAACGACCUCCCAGUCUUCAGCCCACAUGGGCUUUGGGCCGCGAUCCCGGACCACCUCGGAGUCGUCGGUGCAUUCAGUGGGGCGCGAGAGGCGCUCCUCGGCUGCCCGGCAGCCCUCUCCGCCCGUGACCUCCGCCCCGGAAGGAAAAGCCAAGGAGACCAAGAAGGAGCCUGCGCCACGCAAGAGUGGGGCGACGUGGUUUGGCUGGCUGAUGGGCAAAGGCAAGAACGAGGCUCACCUCCCGGACGACAAGAACAAAUCGAUUGUCUGGGAUGAGAAGAAGCAGCGAUGGGUCAACCUGGAUGAACCAGAAGAAGAGAGCAAGCCGCCUCCUCCGCCGCCAACGGGGUUCCCACAAGUCACUCAGGCCGCGCCGAUGGGGCCGGUCGGCCCUCCCAAUGCCUCGGUCAAUAUGUUCUCCAGGAGAGCAGCCGGAAGCAAAGCCCGCUACGUCGACAUCCUGAACCCGAGCCGGACGAAGUCUCCGGGGGCGGCCCCGGCCCCCUCGGAUCUCUUUGCACCGUUGGCUCCGAUGCCCAUCCCUGCCAACCUGUUUGUCCCAAAUGCAGUUGCAGAGGAGCCUCAGCCUUUAGAAGGCCAGGCAGCCGAAGAGCAGACGACUCCAGGACUCGAACCCGGCCCUGAAACAACCGCAGAGCUUCCGGCCGCUUCUUCCGGAGGACCCCCAGCGGGUGCCGUCCAAUUUUACAACCCUUCCCAGUUUGCACAGCCUGCUGCGGUUUCCGGAGGCCCACGACUCGGCCGGAUCGGACAGAGGAAAUACCCCACUUUGAAAUAGCACUUUUAUACCCGGAUUUACAAAGACGUACUCUGGAUCCCAUUAUUCACGGGGCCUCUCACCUUUGGGAACCAUCGGUUGUGUAGUUGUAGCCCAUUCUGUCAAGAAGAAAACGGCCGGAGAGUUUCUCGUGAAAACGAGAAAAAGGGCGGCUCCUCCUUCUCUUUCCGGCGGCUUUUUUAACAGACAAAAAUAUUGGUUUCCUUCCCAAUAUUUAAGGGGGACGUUUGUCACCGUUUCGCCUCCCCGUUUUGUGGCCUUACAGGGAUUUUUCGGGGGGCCCUACGCGAAAAACCGUGGGUCGCCGACCUCGGAAACGUCCCCUGAUUCGCUGGGAUUUUUUUCCUCCUUCUCUUCGCCUCGUGUUGUUUUUCUCCUCGAAAAGUAGCUCAUCCAAAUAAAUAGAAACAUAAUGACACGAGAAUCGACGGGAGGAAAAGCCGAAACAAAACUGUGAUUUGUCAUCUUAAGAAGACGUGGUUUCCUUCCCCCGUUUUUUUAGUUCUGUCCGUGUUUAGACUCCUUGUAAAGCGAAGAAUCUGUACAGUUUGGAAAACAGGAGCCCUUUGUAUGGCCGGCGGUGCUGAACUCUCCUCGGAAGUGCAAUAUCUUCUCUGAAACUCUCUCGAAUUCUUGAUUUACGAUCUAUUUCCGCUCUACGGUCGAGGUCUUCUUUCUUCUUUCCCUUUAAAUUCCACUGAGGUUCGGAUUCGCCGGCGACCGGCGGAAAAUAAAACUAUGUUUUCACCCCAAAAGGAAGUCUUUUUUUUUAAGGAGGUCUCGGAGGCCGGAUAAGCCUAAGAAAAGGAAAUAUUCGGAUAAGCAAAGGAAAUGAUUGAGUUAAGAAAAGGAAAAUAAAUAAUCAGAAAUAACCGGAUGAGAAAUGGAAAUGAUUGAGUUAAGAAAAGGAAAAUAAAUAAUCUGAAAUAAUCGGAUGAGAAAUGGAAAUGAUUGAGUUAAGAAAAGGAAAAUAAAUAAUCUGAAAUAAA